GUAAAAUGGCUCUUAAGCUUCAUAUCAACAUUAGCACAGUGAUAUUUGAUUUCAAAAAUAUCCAAAUUAUCGAGCAAGGGCACUAUUAUGCAUCUGUGAAAUUUUAUGUGCAGACUCAAAAUGCUCAAUAUCUUAUUCCUCCAAAGGAAUACGAGGGUAUUUCCUGGACAAGUUCCCAGGUCCCAGUCAGGACUAAGAACUUCAAUAGAAACAACCUUGAUGAAGGAAUUAAUAAUGGAAUCCGGAUUAAAAGAGCUGAGUAUAAAACUAAAGGCUGGAAUAUUAAGUUUACAGAGGAAGAGAGCAUUCUUAACGAAAUUGUAUACAGCUCCGGAGAGAUAGACCUCCCAGUCUCAGACCCGGACUAUGACUUUUCAGAACUUAGAAUCCCAUUGAUGAUGGAUGCCACUCUUUAUUUCCAAAGUGAGGACGGCCAAAGCUCUAGAACGUAUGAGGCUGUUAACCAUCAAACAUAUCGGUUAGGUAAUAUAACUGGAGGCAUCCACAAGUUUGUUCCGGUGGAAUUCUCAGGAGGCUUCACAUCCGUCCUGAAUUGCUAUGUUCAAUGUAACGUCAGCAACCUCCAGUGCGUCAAGAAAUCAACCAUGAGACAGCAAUUUGUCAAGGCAAACAAUUCUGGCAGUUCAAAGAACCUCUGCAAAAUUAAGACUCCAGAAGAAAUUGAAAGCCAAGAUCUUUGGAUGUGCAUGGAUUAUGACGAGUGAGAGCUACUGAAGAGCAAGAAGUGUGAUCCUACCACCCUUCAGCCAUACUUGUUCCCAUUUGUGAAGAGAAGAAUGACCACUAAGAAGUUAGCGAGUCUUUCUCAACUGUAUUAUGAGAAGAUCUGCAGCAUUUUCGUUAUUCAUCAUAACCGUCUUAGGACAUCUUAUAAAAAUCUGUUCAAUGAGAUGAGCAAACAGAAAGAAGAAUUCAAGGAAGUGAAGGCCAAAUUUAGUGAAGCCAAGCUUGAGGAAGACCUGUUCUCAAUGUAUGACCAAGAAAACAGUGACUCUGAUGGAGAGAGGAGCGACUCUGAUACUUCAAGUAACAGCUCCAACUCCUUCUCAGGAUCUGUUAGCUUUGAUGAAUCUGAAGAUGAAUCUACUGAUACAAGUUUGAAACUUACUAAUCAGAGAGAAACUUUUAGAGUAAAUGGUGAAGAUUAUUUCAAAACUGCUGAUUUUGGAUUCAAUGAAGAAUGUAGAUUAAGUUUCAAUCAAGGUUUAAAGCAUAUUAUUCUCAGCAAAGGAGCAAGUAGAGGCAUCUGUCUCAGUCCCUAUACUUCAGUGAGUAUUAUAGAAGGAAAAAGGGAUGAAAUUACCACAAAAAUUGAUAAAAUUGCACUUGAAUUCCUAAACCUGAUCAAAUCCCACCCAUUUAUUGCAAAGAAGUGUUUAGAAGCAAAAUAUUGGGAGAAGUUAAACAAGUCCAUUGAAAACAGGUUUAUCCAAGAUACAAAUCCUUAUACAAUCUUCUAUGGAGGCAGCAAGAGUAAAGAGGAGAUCAAGACCAAAAAUCAAAGGAAGAGGUACGAGAAUUUCUCCAGAAAGGAAACUUGGAGGGGUCUUCCAUUCCAAAACAGUUACGAUUCCUACAAUUGCCCUGUGAUGAUCGAGCAGGAGCUAGAGUCUGAACUAAGUGAUGACAGUGCUUCAGACACAUCUUCUGAUGGCCAGAUCAAUGAAGAGAACCAAAAUGACCAUUUGGUGUUCCUUCUUCAUGGGUACAAAGGGAAAUCUGAAGAUAUGUCAAAUAUGAGAAACUCUAUUCUGAAGAAGUAUCCUGAAACCAGAGUUUACUCAUGAAAAAGCAUGAGUGGGAUCGACUACAAUCUUUGAAAAUAACGGCAUCCUCUCACUGGCCAAACUCGUAGCUCGAGAAAUGAGAGAUGAAAUUGAGAGGGUCCAGGAAAUGGGACGCUUUGGAAAAAUAUCUAUGAUUGCUCAUUCCUUAGGAGGACUAGUCUUCAGAGCAUCACUUAAAUACCUCAAGAAAUGGAUUGACCUUGAUGAAAGAUUGAAUAUGUUUAUCACAAUGGGAACUCCUCAUUGAGGAUAUGUUCAUACAAGCAGUAGCCUUCUUUCUACAGGGAUGUGGUUCGCUGAGAAGUUCUCUAAGAACCCUAUUAUUUCUCAAAUCAGGCUUUCAGACACCAAGCUUAUUAAGGAUUGCUUCCUUUACAAACUAUCUGGUGAUAUAAACAUAUCAUGCUUCUCAAAGAUAAUUUUCAUUGGGUCUUUUCAAGACACUUAUGCUCCAUUGGAAAGUGCAUUGGUUCAAUACUCAAGCAGGCUUGAAAAAGGGUCCAAAUCAGGAACUGUCAUCAGAAUUCAGGAUAAAAUAUUAGCGAAUAUCUCUGACAACAGUUUCACUAGAGUCAAACUCGACUGAUUGUCCCAAAGGAAGUCCACUUUGGAUAACUAUAUUGGAAGAGAAGCUCAUAUUGAGUUCAUUGAUAAUGUAGAAGUCACUAAAAUGGUAGUGAGCAAGUAUUUCGCCUAA